AUGAUGAUAACUAAUUCUGCUGUCUUAUUUCUGGCACUUGUAGUUGUUGUAUACACCCUACAAAAUCCACUCAUUUCUGCGCCUUUCGACAAUUUCCGCAUCGAAUGCGCCAAAUCGUCAGGUGCCGUAAGAAUCAGCGUUAGAAUGGUCGGCUCGCAAGGUUACAUCCGGCAAGAUAUCGUGUUCGCAAUCAUUUGUGAGCGAGUCGACGAGCUCUAUCCAUGGCAUGAUAUUCCCACAGGUAUUGCGGAAUUGGAGCGAGAAGACUGCUACUACAGUCAUUUGUUCGAUCCAGUUGUGGAUACAGAAUCACUGUAUACAUGUCGAUCGCGAGAAUACAUAUCUGGUAUUACCCGGCUAUCAGAUACCAGGGUACAGGUGCUGUGUUGUCGUUUACGAACACGAGAUGAAAUAAACUGUAUAGAGAAAGAGUUUACUAAACCAUUUGGAUCUGAUCUGCGAACAGAAAUAUAUCAUCACAAGCAGAUUAUCAAUUCGAUUGCUAUCGAAGGGCACAAUUACAGAGUGCGAUUCUGCGAUCUUACACCAAGAGCCAUUGGUCUAAUUUAUGACGACUUACCUGUGACUGUUGCUACCACUACCGAAACUCCAAAGAACCGCAAACUUCAUGCUUUAGAAUCAGAAAGUAAAGUGUUCGAUAUAGCAACAGCCAAAGACACAAAGAAUGGUUUGUUUGGACGUCUUACAUCGCAAACUACAACAGUAUCAUCUGCAACCGGACACGUUAUCCAGAUAUUUCGGCCGAGUUCCUUGUACAACUUUGAGGAAGUCCAGAAUAUACUGAAUAUGAGUACCCUUUCACCAUCUAGGAACGAUUACUCUCAAAAUAUCGAACCAUCACUAGAGGCGCAACAAAUGUCUGAAGGGAAGUUUUUAACUGCUAUGGAUGCCGAAGAAAAAGAUCAAAGUACUGACUGGGUGACAGAUGAAAUAAGCAAGCAAAACUCCACAACACCCACUGUUUCUUUUAUUCCAGCAAAGGUGAUGCAGAUCAUUGAGUCAAGACAUAUUGCUGUAAUGAUGCCACAUCAGCAGUUCCAGAGUGCGAUGCCCGAAGAAGAAGUGGUUUCAAAUAAUCACAAUCAAAAAACAGUAACAUGGUCUUACUUCGCUGAAUCUUCACUGCAAACCACAACUUCUGCAUCACUAAUUCUUUUGAAACCUUUGAGCUCUAAAUCAUUACAUACUAAAGUUACACCAGGAAGUAAGCCGCCUACAACGAAAACAAGUACAAGACGACGAAUGAAACAGACUUUAAAUACAAUCAUUUCCACCACUUCGUCUAAAACUACGCUCCAAUCAACGACAACAUCAACCUCUCGUUUCAUAGAACAUGAACAUACAUCAGAAAGCCCUUUCUUAUCCAGUGAUCAACUGCUCCGUGCUUUUUCUAGCGGGGCACACAUCGAUGAAGAAACCAAGUAUUCUCCAUUCGAGAACAAGGACAAUAAUCCUUCACGUGAUAAUCAGGCCAUUGGAUCAGAAUAUUCGCUUCUUCACACCUCAGCUAAUCCUCUCGAUACUACAUUGGCGGAAAGCGACGCUUUUCCAUAUAAAAUUUCGAACGAAAUUCGUCGUGCUCCAAUUAAAUCACAAGAUAAUGGUUUGGAUUAUACUGAAUAUGAUCUCCUGAUGAAAAAAUCUGGUGAUGGUAGUCGUACAUAUGUACCAGAAAAACCGUUGGACGCUCCAUCAGCAGCAAUCGUAUAUGAUGCAAAUAAACAGAAUGAUGUUUUUGGAAUUGCGAAGAGGAAGAAGGAAGUUCAGCAGCGGGACCAGGAAAGCGAUCAAGAGCAUAAAGAUGUUGUUAGCAAGGAAUUGUUACCAAUGAAUGAUGAUGAGGUUACUUUAGUCUCAACGGAUGUGUUUACUCCAUCUUCAGUAAAACCAUCCUCGACAGCAUCAAGUGAACAAGAUGAUUUGGAAUUUCCUACCACGAACUUCAGCCAGAUUGGUUUGGAGAAGACUGCGGAAAACGUUUACGAUCCAUCAAAAUUCUACCGCACACCACCACCGAAACGGCCAACUCAAACAGAAAAGGUGUUAACCUUCUGCACAAAGGAGAUAGCAAUUCGUGAUCGACAUAAUUUAGUGAUCGCUUGUGGUAGUGAAACAGAAAUUUGGCAACCAUUUCGGUGUCCAGAAGGAAGUGAAUGCUUUUUUUCAGCUGAUUCCAGUUAUCGGAUCUGUUGUGCUGUAGCCGAAGCUGUUCGCUAUGCUCAAUGA